UGGGAACCAAUAGGCGUAGAACAGUGUAGAUAAUGAAGACCAGGAAUGACUCUGCUGGAUGUUUGGCAUGUUUGCUCUGUUUGUCUGCCCGAAGUCGAUCCGUUCUUUUCCUCGAGCAUCCAAUUCGCUCUCGCCGUGGCCUGUCUUCUCGCGUUCUGGAUUGAUUGCAAUUACCCUCUUGCCUUUAUUUUCUUUUUAUUUUGCUUGGCAGACAAAACACUCAUCACAAUGGGAUUCGGAAGUCCUGGUGGCGGCGCCACGAACUACAAGCCUACGCCUCCGGAGCGUGGCAGCUUCCCCCUUGACCACGAAGGCGAAUGCAAGCACCUAAUCUCCAGCUACCUGAAAUGCCUCAAAGGCAGCCGAGGCGUCAAUGACGAGGAAUGUCGAAAACUUGCCAAGGGAUAUCUGGGCUGUCGCAUGGACAAAAACCUGAUGGCGCCGGAUGAUUUCAAGAACCUCGGACUGAUCUUCGAGAAGCAGGAGGGUGCGAGCGGGACGAACGCCGCGCCUUCGAGUGAAGGGCAAGGGACAAAACCAUGAGAAUCGAUGGGAGUGGAAUUGCUGUAUGAUUGGCGAUGUGAUACCUUGGAUGAUUAGCAGAUUUGUGGCCUGGUCGUUGGGGACCGGGGCUUUUUGAAUUCUCCAUUUCUGGCGUUGAGGGGAUUGUGUUGAUUCUAGAUUUUGUUAUCUGUGUAUACUAGUGAACAUGCAUUUGUAUAUUGGAGAGGAAUUCUCGUG